CUCAUCAGUCACUGGUCCAGUGUUGGUCACGCGGUACGUUCUCGCCGCCCGGGGACCAUGUUUGGCCGACAUAUUGUGCAAGAGAAGUUCUUCUAAUGAAAAGCCGGCCUCUCGAUCUUCCUUUUGUGAUGCUUAUCCUAUGCCAGCCUUCCGAUAUCAGUGAGUCUUAGUUUGAAAAGGCUCGACAGCUUUACAAUCAUUCAGAACAUGCAACUGUUCAUCUACAAGAAUGCAUCUGAUACACCAGCUUGGCCUCUUCCUCCUUCCGUUCACAUCUCACUUUGUUGAGAGAGUCUUCGCAAACCCGUUAGCCGUCCCAAGAGACUCAAUUCAACAACACCCCUUAGCUACACUCCACGGCCAUACCCGAGAUAUUGAUGGAGGACCUUACGCUCACGACAUCCCAAGUCCGCCCCAUCAACAAGGCGGCGGCGUCUCUCUCCCAUUCUUCGCUUCCCUCGAGCGCAUGGCUCGCCUGGUGGACAUCACCUACUGCGUCGGCACGACCGGAGUUUCCAAGCCCUUCUCGUGCGUAUCCCGUUGCAAAGAUUUCCCUUCGAUGCAGCUCGAGCGGACCUGGAACACGGGCCUGCUGCUCAGCGAUAGCUGCGGAUACAUCGCGGUCGACCACGGCGAGAGGAAGAGGGGCGGGCGGAACGGGGGCGGGACCGUGGUCAUCAGCGAGCCGGCCAUUAUUGUGGCGUUUCGCGGGACGUAUAGCAUCACUAACACGAUUGUUGAUCUGAGCACGGUGCCGCAGGAGUACGUGCCUUAUCCUGCACCGGAUGAUGAUGAGGAGGAGGAGGAGGAGGAAGAGGAGGAUAACAUUGGGGUCAGGAAUAGGAAUGUUGGAAAAGGAAGAAGCGAUAACAACGAUGAAAAAUGCACCAACUGCACAGUCCAUAUGGGCUUCCUCGCCUCCUGGCGUAACGCGCGCGACUACGUCCUUCCCGCCCUCAAAGCCGCCCGCGCCAAACACCCCGACUAUCCCGUUCGCCUGGUCGGACACAGCCUCGGCGGGGCCGUCGCCGCUCUCGCCGCGUUGGAGAUUCGGCUAUCGCUAGGCUGGCAAGACGUCCAGGUGACGACCUUUGGCGAACCGCGCAUCGGUAACCAAGCCUUAGUGGAUUAUCUGGAUAAGGCCUUUGGUCUUGAUAUUGAAGAGGACAAUGACGCGCACGAAACCAGAGCCUACCGCCGCGUAACCCACGUCAACGAUCCUGUGCCCCUCCUGCCCUUGACAGAAUGGGGAUACCGCUCGCACGCAGGCGAAGUGUAUAUUUCCAAGCUGAACCUGCCGCCUGCUCCCGAGGACCUGCGGUUGUGUCGGGGCGAUAACGAUCCGGAGUGUAUGGCUGGGGCUGAGAACUCGGAUGGCGGCGGAUGGUUUGAUGGUAGUUUGCUGGAGGUGACUGACUUGCUAGCGCUGGCGGCGGCCAAGGGGACUGAUCCCUAUUUUAAACAUCGGGAUCCUGUUGCUGUUGCUGCUGUUGAUGGUGAUGACGGCGACGAGGGUAGCGAUGCUGGUGCUGGGAAUGACGGUGUUGGUAUCGGCGGCGAGUCAACUGCAACAGCACUCACGUCCAAGACAAACAGGCUGUUCCCCACCAGACUCAAGCUCUGGGAGCUCUUCUUCGCACACCGAGAUUACUUUUGGAGAUUGGGUUUGUGCGUCCCCGGCGGUGACCCGGCGGAUUGGGGAAGGGAGAAGUAUAACUUGACGCAGACGAAAGACUCUUUUGUGUUUGGUGACGGCGAGUUGUGAACGUUGCAGUAGGUGCAUACGCCUGACUUUUUUCUUUUACCGCGCAAUUCUUUUUUUUUUUUUGUUUCUUUUUUUUUCCUUUUUUUUUUU